AUGGCUACAGCAAAUCCUCCACCGGGCGCGCUCUCGGUGGAGCACCACAAUGGCGCCGACCCCUUCCUCGCCGCACCGCACGACGCCCACCGGCAGCGAUACUCGGCCUUCGACAACUCGCAAUUCUCGCUGUACUUGAACGGAUCCCCCCUACAGGCCAAACGCGCUCUACAGGCACACUUGGCAGAGACGACGCGCAGACUGCAGGAGACGUCGCAUCUGGGGAGCGCGCUUGUUCAGCAGAGAAAGGAGCUAGAGGACAAGCUGCGCGAGGUCGAGCAGCAGCAGCCAGACAACGACAUCGGGCCAGAGCUGCGCCAGAGGCUGGCCGAGCUAGAAAAGGAGUUCAACGAGGUUGGAAGGGAGACGGCUCGCGCCUUCCUCCCCAAGUCUCGCGUACCCAGUGGCGAGACGGAUCCCACUGCCGGUGGCUCCAUCUACUCCAGCGACGCCAUCCAGUCACCCACCAAAGUGAGCGUUCCGUCGCGGAAGCAGAGGAACCAGCAGCCCAGCCGCAUCAAUGACAUCGCCCUGGCCACCGAAAUCUCCACCUCUUUGCUUUCCCAGCUCAAGGACCUCCAGGCCGUCCUCCUCGAGAAGGAUGACGCCCUCAAGGCGGCUGAUCUGGACCGAUCGCAGCUCGAAAUUGAGGUCGAAGGCUUGUCGCAACGUCUGAGAACAUUGGACGAAAGCGAAUCGCGACUCAAGGACGUCAACUGGAAUCUUGAGACACAGGUUCGCGAGUCGGAAACACAGUUCAAGUCGGCCGCAGACAAGGAGCGAAGCCUCAAUCAUGCCUUGGAUCUCGCACGUACCGAGAGGUCCACUUUGGAGAAGGAGUUGGAAGAUUUGAAGCAGAUGUAUACCAAGCUCAACGACGAUCACAUCAACAAGACCAAGCAGCACGAGACGGAGCUCUCUAGUCUGCGGCGAGUCGCGGCCAUGACGGAGACGGAAAAAGGUGCAAUGCAGCGCAAGGUCGAAGAGCUCAUGACAAAGAAUCAAGAGCUGGCUCAAGCUGUCGCUUACCGCGCACGAUCAGAGCAUCGUGGCCGAUCUGACAGAUCGUCUGAUGACGAUCGUGGUGUCAGGCAGCAAUCUCAAACGCCUGAACACUCGCCUGAACCGUCUCCAAGCAAGGCCACUCCGCGCCACGGUAUGCUCGAAUCGGAAACACUCAAACAUUCGCUUCAACACGCCCACCGCAUGAUUCAGCAACUCAAGAACAAUAUCCAUCGCGAAAAGACCGAAAAGAUCGAACUGAAGCGCAUGCUCCAAGACGCUCGUGAUGAAGUAGACGCUACCCGCGCUCAAGUUGGACCUGGUAGCGCAAGCAAGCGAAGGAAGAGCGACAAGGAUGCUUUCAAGAAACCCGCUCGACCAGAUCGUCUUGGGGCCUUGCGCAACGUGUCGCACGAGAUUGUAGAAGACGACGAGUGGGAAGAGCAAGAGGCCGUGCCCGACACCCCAAGUCGGCCACCGCACCCAUCCAACUCUGUACCGGGCUCCUUUCCAAAUGCACUCAGCUCCGUCGCGGGAACGAGCGCAUACGAAAACCUCGACACUGCCAACGAAACCUCAGAUGCUGCUUUCGAGACUGCCAAUGAACGCGACGGUAUGGCAACUGAGUCCGACGCAUUCCAAACCGGAGCCGAGACCCUCGACGGAGACAGCAGCGACCAGCUGACUGAGACCGAGGCCGGCCCUUCCAACUCUGCUGCCCGGCGUAGUCGACCCUCAAUCUCACAAGCUGGUCGCAUCAAUUCCUACCGCAGCACUGCUUCUGCCUCUGGCGAUGAAUACGAUUCCGAUUUCAGGACUCCUCUUCACCACAAGACUUCGCGCUUUACGUUAAGAGCUAGAGACAGCAGUUCGCGGAGAUCGACGCCGAGAGGGUUAGAUUUCUUCGCAGGUACGCCCCCAGCGUCAAGAGACUCGCCCGCGGGCUACGUCAGCAGCAGCAACGAGAACACUCCCGCCCAAGGCAAGAGUCUAUUGGCAGAACUCAACGACCUGAGUGGCGAUGACGAUGAUGCUAGUUCCAUCGAGGGAUCACCAAGUCGAUCCAGUGUCGUAUACUCAAGCCAUGCCACGCCAGAUCCACUAAGAAAGGCUGUUCUCGGAAGGUCGCUUCUCCAACCCGAUGCUCCCAGGCCAACUAUGGUUGAUUCGGGCACGAUGACCGAACAGGAUGCCCCCGAGCCUAUUUCCAUAUCCUCUAUAUCGAGUCAGAACACAGAACCGUAUGCUGCUCGCUUGCCUACAUUACAAGUCUCUGCCCUGCAUUCGCAAGGCACAAGCCCGCGAGCUUUGCCUCGUCAAAAUCUCGACGUCUCCAUGGUCACCUCACAAGACAGUGAACCCAAGCUUGCACUUCGGCCAGCCCUUGGCUUCUCUUCCGUCUCCGGUCAUGCUACUAGUCCCCAACCCCCAGAGAUACCUCAGCUGGCUGUGUCCUCUCUUUCAAGUCAGGGGACCGAGCCAACAAUCCCUUCAGCUCCGUUGUUCGCAUUAUCUCCGCUUCAUGCACAAAACACGGCGCCACAUGCCGUACCCACUGCUCCUCUGAAUAUGUCGUCAGUGGCUGUUCAUAGCACCGAGCCUCGCCUUAUUGCUCCUCCUGCUCUUGGGGUGUCGACAGUAUCGUCUCAUGGCACUGAUCCUAUUGUACCAGUGCUGGUGAAGGACAUUACACCUUCUUUGGACAUCUCCUCCAUUUCGCAUCAAACUACGGAGCCGCGGAAGGCGACUGCCCCAACCCUAGUGGCUCCAGCAGGUCUUUUUACGUCUGCUAUCUAUGCACAAUCGACCGAGCCCGCACAACUAGCCGAAUAUGUCUCGACAACGGAGUCAAAUCGAAGCCCUGACGAUAUGCUUCCGGCAUCUCCUGCCCAAGAUAUCGGUCACAGAGAAAAGCGUGCACCACUCCAAAUGUCAAGUUUGUCUGCCCACGAGACUGAGCCUAGAGUCACACCCUACAAGCCGACGUUGUUACAGAUGUCACCUUUGGUGUCUCGCUCGACUGAGCCCAAGGAUUUGCCUCGUGUGGUCCUCUCUGCAUCUUCUACGACAUCGACUAAGUCGACAGUACCCCGCGCGCCGGGAACCAGUAGACAACAAUUCUCUCCACUUUCUGCACAAGUCACGAAACCUAUUGCGCUACGACAGCCGCAACUCGUGUUGUCCAGUUUCUCCGCUCGCUCUACGGACCCGGUGGCAGUGGCUAGAGCAGAUCCGUCACAACUAUCUUCGUUGUCGAUCCAGGCAUCCAAUCCCAUUGAACCUUUGAGGGUAGCACCGUCGACCAUCUCCGUACUGUCCUCGCUGACUACUGAGCCAAUUGGACCCGAGCGGCCAAUUCUCGCUAAUUUCUCUGGGGUUUCAUCUCAGGCCACCACACCCGUAAAGCCAGAACAGAUACCACUGCAAUUGUCAGCCGUCUGCGUACUGCAGACCGUGCCGAUCCCACUACCUGUUCCUUCGGUGUCUCUACAUCACAGUUCCGAUGUGCGGACUGUUCAAGACACUCAGCCUGAGUCGCCAACGCUCCCGGCAUUUUUGCCAACACCGACAAGUCGGCCAUCCACAGCAAAUCGUGUUUCUGUCCCUGCUAUGACAUUGUCCCCUGUUGCUGCGCAGGAUACUGAACCAUUGGCUCCUCCGCGACCUGGUACCGCUCAUCGGGCCGCCGCGCCUUCCGUAACCACUAGUGCUUCUUCUCAGACAGAAGCAUCGGCGAAUAAGCAAGUAUCCACGCCCAAGCUCAGCUACUUCGAUACUCUACUAUCUUGGAAUAAGAAUACCACGGACGCUAACACCCCACCGGUUGAUAGCAGGGAUGCUAGCACAGCCUUUCCACCUGUCAGUGUCAAUGCCGCCAGUAAGACUCCCCAAACGCCAAUGGCCGAUGGAGCUACACAGACAAUGGUGUCUGCUCAGCAGAUCGACAAGCUGCUGCUUGCUCGAAGUCAGCGAUGGAGUAGUUUGAUAACCACGUCCGGGCUUGAAAAGUCGCUGUCGCCGCCGGAGUCGCCUAGCAAAAAGCAUGUCAAUGAGACAAGUCGAACACCCAAACGCCCAGGCAGUUCGGGGAGCAUGCGCUCUCGCGCUGCAACGCCUCCUCCUCUGCCUUCGGAUCAUAAGGAAGUCAUCGCCGCGGCUUCUCUCAAACCAAUCUCCCCAGGCACAAUGGGCCCGCCUACAAUGCCUGCAUCCGCCUACAAGAAGCGACCGCAUACGCCUACCAUCAAGACUGGUAACAACACUCUCACUCCCAGAACAGGCGGGACCACACCGCGUGUGCGUCGACAGUCACAGCGUAGCGGAGCGUCUUCACCUCUUAGCCGGAGGUCAUCACUAUCUUCGUUUACUUCGGAAAUAGACCAACGCUUCAAUAUUCCAGGGGGGCCGUCUUUUGCUGCCAAUGGAUUGCCACCCGGUGCGACAGAUCCGCGCAUGAUCCAGGCCAUCACUCAGACGAUGAUUGGCGAAUAUCUGUGGAAGUACACUCGCAAGACUGGGCGCGAAGGCAUGUCUGAGAACCGUCACCGGCGUUUCUUCUGGAUUCAUCCUUACACUAGGACACUGUACUGGAGCGACCGAGACCCUCAGAGUGCCGAUAAGACGACAUUGAAGGCUAAGAGCGUAGCCAUCGAAUCUGUUCAAGAAGUCGACGACCCUAACCCUCUACCUCCUGGACUUCACCAGAAAAGCUUGCUUGUCGUCACACCUGGUCGAUCGAUGAAGUUCACGGCUACAACAGGUCAGAGGCACGAGACGUGGUAUAACGCUCUGAAUUAUCUGUGCCAACGGGUCGACGAGAACGAUCAGCAAAAGUCGCCAACGAAGUCUGAUCAAGACCAGAAGGCAGCUACCGCAGAUGAGAUUCAAGACGAGUUCAAUGGCGGGUAUCGCAGCUCUUCUCGGCAAACAGGCCGUUCAAGAGGCUCGAUGUCCUCAUACGUUACCCGGCGCACAUCAUCCCGCGAUUAUGGCCAAGUGCCCACGAUUCGACAGUCGCAUGUUACACCACAUCGUGCAACCUCGACCGAGCCGCUGGCGCAUGGAUCUGUUUCCAGCCGAAUCAACAGCAUGCUCCGACCCAGCGUCACUGCUUUACGCGGAUCCUUCACUAGUCGGCGAAACAGCAGGACCAGCGCUACAGAGUCGGCCACGUACGAGGAACCCAGCGCGUCCAACAUGGAUCUCAGUCGUGAUAUCCAUGACCAUGUUGAACGUGAUCAGGACUUCAUGCCCAACGUCCGAGCAUGCUGCGAUGAGUCGCGAACUGAGAUGCGCAACGAGCAGCUGCGCCAUCAGGCUGAGAUGGAGGCAGCGAACUAUGGAGCUGGUGCAUAA